AUGGAGCUGCAGGUCCAGGAGACGCUCGCCGGCGUGGAGCGCCGGGUGGUGGAGCGCCUGGACCGCCUGGAGUCGAAAGUGGACCUCCUCGCCAGCGGGCCCCGCGGGACUCUCGCGGCGCCCGGCGCUGGGGGGCCCACGUGCUCCACGGGCGCCGGCGCGGCCGGCGGGGCGCCCGCCGCCGGGCUCGCCCGGCGCAGCGGCCCGAGGGAGCCGGCCGGGAAGGGCCCCCCGCGGAAGUCGCAGGCGUCCCUCGUCGAGAGGCGGCUCGCCGGGGUGCUCUGCGAGGACCUCGAGCGCACGGCGGGCGCCGGCGCGGCGGCCCGCCCGCAGCCGCCGCGGGAGGCGGCCGCGGGCUGCGGGCCGCUGGCCUGGGCGGGCGGCGCGCUGGCGCCGGCGGCGGAGCCAGAGGGGCUCGGGCGGGUGCGGGUGCAGUCGCUGUCGGACUCCAGCGGGGAGCAGGUCGAGUCGCUGUCCAGCGAGGUGUGGACCUGCCCCACCGUGGUCGUGCAGCAGGACGCCCCCAGCGGCGUCCUCACCCUCGAGGGCGGCGGCCUGUCGAUGGCGAGCCUGUCCGCCCCGUCUUGUCAGAACGAGAGGAAGCCGUCCCGCCAGGCCGCGGAGCUGUUGAAGGACCUGAAGGCGCAGGAGGAGCAGGUCGAGACCAAGGUCGGCAAGAGGGCGUUCACCUCUCAGCACAGGAGGAAGAUCAUGAAGCGCGCGGAUGCCUUCAGGCACACGACGGACACUGCCAGGCAGGGGCGGUUGGCGGGCAUCUUGGCCAAAGCGGUGUCGUCCACACAGUUCGACCUCGCGAUCACGGGCAUUGUGUUCUUGAAUUCGUUGCUCAUUGGGGCACAGGUGCAGCACAACGCGGUUUCGGACAAGACCGUGGACGCGUUUGUGAUCAUGGAGUUUUCGUGCACGGCAGUAUUUACAGUCGAGCUCUGCUUGCGUUUGGCGGUGCACCGUUCUCGUUUCUUCACCAAUCCCCAAGAGUGUUGGUGGAAUGUGUUUGAUUUUGUCUUGGUGGGCCUCUCUCUGCUCGACGCCUUCAUUAGCCUUACCUUUGAUGGAGGACUGGAAGGGCCCGGAGCGUUUAUGGGCAAGCUCGGGAGAGCAAUCCGUAUGUUUCGAAUCGUGCGCAUCAUUCGCACCGUGAGAUUCCUGUCGCAGCUUCGAGUGAUGCUGCAUAUGAUUGUCAGCUCCUUGCAGUCGCUGUUCUGGAUCUUGGUCAUCAUGCUAGGGCUGAUCUACAUGUUCGCCGUUGUCCUCACCCAGGGCGCCGCCGACUACCUCAAGGACCCCAGCAUCCAGCAGCUCUACGCCCACACCGACGAGUACCGGCAGGUGCUGGACAUGUACGGCUCUCUGUUCGACACGGUGUACACGCUGUUCAUGUGCAUGUCCGGAGGGAUCACAGGGGAACGAACCUCCCAGCCAAUGCGUGGCCCGGGCUGGGUCCUUGAGGCCAUCGUGAUCGGCUUCGUGUUCUUCAUGGUGUUCGCAGGCGUGGCUGCGGGCCAACAUUGUGAACGGGGUCUUCGUGGACGGCGCCAUUGA